AUGGCCGACACCUCGAGCUCACCUCAAGCAAUACUACACGGUUAUCUGGACGCAAACCAUACCUCCGAUCUUUCAGCAUACUGGAUCAACAGACCGACGCCAUGGCCCUUUGUUCUCGCAAGCGCCGGGCUAUCGAUAAUUCUUGGUUUCCUGGGUGUACAAGCCUCACAUAAAUCCUGGGAAUCGAAACCCAAACUCCUCAACCGCGACAGUAGCAACGCCCUCUCGCCACCAAUUCAUCAAACGGCCUACAUCCCCCUCCGCCGACCAAAUUCGGAUGUGCAUCACCGGCGCUGGAGCUCAGCCAGUGGAAAUACCUACUACAACAUAAUCGAGAACGACGCAAUGGAAACAUACUUUGCCGAUCGACGACCUAGCAGCAUAGCAAUCGCACGAACCAUGCACGGUGGGCUGGGACGAUUCGCUCCGAUCGCAACAACAAUCGGGAUAUCCUGGUCGACAGUCCGGGCCGGAGCGGUGCUGACAAUCCUGAUCAAGAUCACCAUGGGCGAGAAACACACGUACCCAGGUAUCGUCAGCAUCGUCAUCAUGUUCGCCUCGGUGCACACGUACCUAGGCAGUCGUGCGAUGCCCCGGAUCCUGUACCUGCUCAUCAUCACGGACCUGGCCGCCAUCUACGGGUCCAUUGUGCUCGCGAUCCUAGCAUUUCUCCAGGACAAGAGGACGUCAUACCAGCAGUUCGGCGUCGCAGGCGGCCACUGCCCCUGCAUGCUCGGCUUCAAGACAGGCCAUGACAUGAAGUCGUGCAAGGAAUUACCGAGCCCACUCGGCGGGGUGGGCUGCGACUCCAUGUACUUGUGGUCAAGCAACACUAUCCCCGGCACGAACCAGACAAUGACAUAUCCGAAAUCAUGCCUGCUCUCCGUCGACCACGACACCGACCUCGACCCCAACUUGAUGACCCACAUGGUCCUGGCCGAAAUCAUUGUCGGUGGCCUAGGGCUCCUGUACGGCUUGAUAGUACUGUGUUUCGCCGUGCGUCGGAUCCCUCGCGUCAUCGCACGUCCUGGGCAGCUUCUAGACGCAUUCUCACUGAACGAGGGCUUCACGCAAAGCAGCUCUAGGCGCAAAAUGCCCGGCCGCGCAAUUGGAGUGACCGUAUUGGCUUUCGCUGCACUGCUGAUGUUCGCGGCCGUGACGAUCGUGAUGCACGUCCUCGACGAAACGAAGCCUAUCCGCUUGUUCUACAUGGACUCGGCCGGCCCGCGCGUCGAAGGCGGCAACGUCUCGGGCUCCACCAGCUGGAGUGACUGCUUCGUCGUAGAUACGCCAUAUUCAACUGACGGCGAGUUCCAGCAGUGGUGGCAGGUCCGGCAGAGUCGGGUGUUGAGGGCGUUGGCGUUGGCUUGA